AGAAGGUGGGGUUGGGGAUAUAUUCAGUGCGGAUACGUGGGUAUCGAAGUUCUUUUCGAAAUGAGUUUCCACUACGGCCAGGGUUAUCCAGGAGGACCAGCUGGAGGGGCUAACUUCCCCCAUCAACACCCACCCCCUGGUGCUCCAUACGGGGCUAGCGCUCCACCUGGUGGCCCCCCUCCCCACGGAUCUCCAUACGGGACCACCACUCCCCCCUCCGCACCCCCAGGACAGUAUGGAGGCUCUGGCCCAUCGGGGUACGCCCCGUACGGGGGAGCGGCCGCCACAGGAGGGGGCUAUGGGUCCCCAGGACAGGGGAGGCAGGCUGGAGGAGCACCGGGGGCCCCAUACGGAGGAGGACAGACCCCUGGAGGGCCCUAUGCUGGGGGGUACGGAGGACAACCACAGGGAGGGCCCUAUGGACAGCAGUCUCCAGCAGGUAACAUACCACCAGGGGUGAACCCAGAAGCAUACCAGUGGUUCCAGACAGUCGACACAGACCAUAGCGGUUCCAUCACUCUAAAGGAACUGAAACAGGCUCUGGUAAACUCCAACUGGUCAGCCUUCAACGACGAGACCUGCCUUAUGAUGAUCAACAUGUUUGACAAGACCAAGUGUGGUCGUAUCGACCUGUUUGGGUUCUCAGCCCUGUGGGUCUUCAUGCAGCAGUGGAGACAGCUGUUCCAACAGUACGACCGCGACCGCUCCGGCUGCAUCAGUGGUACUGAGCUACACCAAGCCCUGUCCCAGAUGGGAUACAACCUGAGCCCCCAGUUCACUGAGACUAUAGCGGCCAAGUACGCUGUGAGGUCUGGGCGUCCUGGCUCAAUGCAGCUGGACUGUUUCAUCCAGGUCUGUACACAGCUACAGAGCAUGACGCAGGCCUUCAGGGAGAAAGACUCCGCCAUGACGGGAAACAUACGCAUGAGCUAUGAAGACUUCCUCUCCACCACCGUCAACAGACUCAUGUGAGGGACAAUGGUAAUAUCCACCUCCCAGUGGUGGCUGGUGGCACUUUAAAUGGGGAGGACAGGCUCAUAGUGACGGCUGGAAUGGAAUAAAUGGAAUGCUAUCAAAUUCCAGUUACUCCCUUCCAAACAUUAUUUUGAGCUGUCCUCCCUUCGCCAGCCUCCUGUGCCAGCCAGUAAUAAUAGGCCAGGGUCCACCUAAAGCCAACACCCUGAAAUCAAGGUGGUGUGAUGGAGGCAAGGGUCCACCUAAAGCCAACACCCUGAAAUCAAGGUGGUGUGAUGGAGGCAAGGGUCCACCUAAAGCCAACACCCUGAAAUCAAGGUGGUGUGAUGGAGGCAAGGGUCCACCUAAAGCCAACACCCUGAAAUCAAGGUGGUGUGAUGGAGGCCAAAUGAGUCAAAUUGAGGAGACGAGAGGGAGGAGAUAUGCGAUAUGAUUAAUCACUCUGUCUCUUUAUGGUAAAAUACUUCAGUUUGACUGCAGUAGACAAGCUAACCUAUAAUGUUGUAUCAAUAAAAGCAAUAACCUAUAUAUAUAUAUAUAUAUAUAUAUAUAUAUAAAUAAAUAUUAGGCCUACUGCAAACUUGCUCGCAAGCAUCCUUAAUAUGUAAACUACAGGGCUUGAUUUGCAUGGUAGAACUUGAUGUGCCAGUUAAACGUGUAGUGUCAAUCUCAUAGGGCCAGUUUCCUGAACCCAGAUGAAGCCUCAUCCUGGACUAGAAAAGCAUUUUCAAUGGAGAUUCCCAAUUGACAAUGUCUUUUUUUAGUCCUGGGGAAACUCUUAAUCUGGGUCUGGGAAACCAGCCCAAAGUAUUGUUGGGUAACAGUUGACACUCGGUACGCUCGAACAAUGCGCCAGAACCAGUGUUAUUAUUUUGACACCACACUUCACUCUAAACCACUACCUUAUCCGCUGGUGGCUAUGAUGGUUAUGACUGUUGAUUAUUAUUAUUAUUUCAGCCAUUCGAUAGUUAAAUUCAGGACCAAUCUUUCUUUUGAAUUUGUGUAUUUCAAAAUGUAUUGUUUAGUGCCAUAACUUGAAAUUGUAUUCUAUUAAACUGUUCAAAUCUUG